UACUUAUAAUUCAAAUUAUGAUAACCUACAUGCAUUAUUUUUCAUUUAUUAUAAUUAAAACCCAUUUGCCAUUUAUUUGUCCAACUCACUAAAUGUUCUAAAUCCUUUUGUACAUCAGCAGCACCCUCUUCAUAGCUAGUAACACCCAAGACCUUAAUGUCAUCUGCAAAUAUAAUUCGUGUUUUUUUACUGAUGGAAGAGGAUCUGUUUCAAACUUAGAAAUAAUUUCUGUUAGCUGGUUAAACUUAAGAAAGUGUAAAUUACAAUGGAGAUCCUCACGAUAUGGAAAACAGGCAUGAAGUUUAUUGUGGUCCUUGUAGUGGUUUUAUUUUUAUACAUGGAGUGGGGAAUUUAUAAGCUCUACCCUUGGCUAUACUGGCCUGCAUUUCAUCCUCAAUCUAGCAAUGGUUUAAGAAUUUUGAUAAUUGGUGAUCCACAAUUACUGGGAUACCACUAUACAGAAAACACAGUAUUUGAAAAGCUUUCACGUUGGGACUGUGAUCGAUAUAUUAAACAAACGUUUCUUCUCACAUUGAAUCAUUUCAAUCCUGACUUGUUCAUAUUUUUGGGAGACAACAUGGAUGAAGGGGAUGUGGCAACUGAUGAUGAAUUUAAAGAAUAUCUAGAAAGAUUUAUCAGAGUAUUUGAACCUGUAGACUUCAGUAAAAAGGCUAUUCUUGUACCAGGAGACAAUGACAUUGGAGGAGAGAAGGAACUUCCCCAACCUCAAGUAGUAGAAAGAUUUAAUAGUUACUUCAGGAAAGACUCGUUUAUUCAGAUAAAAUUUGUAGAUUUUUUAAAGGUGAAUUUAUUAACAUCUACAAAUGAGCAUGUUACAGCUCCCCCCAUUUUGAGUGACAGAUACCGUAUUGUUGUAUCUCAUAUUCCAGUCAUGGGACAGUAUCAUUACUUCAUAAAUGAAGUCAUGAAAAUUCAUCCUAAUCUAAUAUUAUCAGCUCAUGAACACAUUUCAGCUCACAUAACCUACAGCAAUGGAUCAGGAAUGGUUAUGGAUGAGUACCCAUGGGCUGUUGGAAGAAAACUACAAACCCUACAUCUUAAUGACAAACAGGUACAUGAGAUAGUUGUACCUACAUGUUCUUACCGUAUGGGAACAGAGAAUAUUGGCUAUGGAGCAACAGUGCUAGAGCAAGAUGGAACUCUGCAUUACACAGUCCUGUGGCUUCCUUCUCGAUUUUUACAACUAUAUAUCUAUAUAACUUUGGUAUUUGUUCUUGGACUAAUGCUUGUAUUGCUUGCAAUAAGAAGACUAAGUUUUCGUAACAGAUUAUACACGCCUUUCCCAAUGAGAGUUCAGAGAAUGAAAUGAUAUAUAAUUGUUAGCCUUUAUAUUUUUGAAGAUCAAAAUAAUUUCAAGAUCAAAAUAGUAAAAUAUGAACUAUUUUAAUUUUUUAUUCUGAGCUUUCUUAAAGAUUUUAUUCUAAUAUAUCUAAUGGAUACACAUUUUCUGAAAUGGAGCAAGACAACAGAAAUGAGGAGUUUCUAUGGUACUAAACAGAAAAAAGUACUGUAUAUUUUUCCCAAUAGUUCAAGAGCUAAAUUUCAAAACAUGCCUGGAAAUUGAUUCUAUUUACUUAGCCUACUGGCAAAGGUUUGACUGUUUUAUGUAAUAACCUCAUUCUUGGGGGUUAUUACCUGCCAUUUAGAUAGACAUAACAUAAGAGCAGCACUUCUGUAACAAAUCUCAAGGUUUUCAGAUAAAUACCUGAACCCCCUAAAAUUAAACAUAAAAAUGUGAGCUGUGCACCAGUAACUAGAUGGAAAGCAAAAUUAAUGCAUAACCUUCCUUAAAGACACAAUACACCAAAUGUUUCAUGCCAUUUCAAUUGCAUUUGGUAAAUAAAAUACAAAAUAUACCACUUAAAUUGUUACCCACAAUCCAUUUUACUUGGACAAUAAACAUUUGGUUGGUAUCAAAUUGUGUAUAGAAUGUCUGAAACCCAUUGUUGCCUUUAUUCUCAUUGAAAUAAUAUUCCAGGACUAUGAAAUUGACAUAUUUUUGAAAGUAUCGCAGAUGUGCCUUGAGCCUUGGUAUAAAAAUGAGCAAAUAAUGACUACAAAAGUUAAAGAAAAGGUUUAUUAAAAAAUUGAUGAAAAACAAGACAAUUGUAUAUUUCACAAAUACAUCAUUUAUUCACAACCAUGGUUUCAGCAGUAAAGGCAUCAUCAGGUACAAACUGAAAUGUUUUGUAACAUGGUUUUAUAUAUAUGUUUAAACAAAGAACCAGAAGUGACCUUGACAUUCACUUAGAGAUAAGUAGGAUAAGAAGUUGGUUUGGUCAUUUAGAACUUUUUCUGGACAUAUUUUUAGAUUUCUAUUUAUUUCCAAAUUUUCUAGAUUUUCUAGUUUUUCU